GACCUGCUCACAUCUUCAGUGCCUUGCUUUGUAUCACAAUGAGAGCAUCCACUCUGCUCUUCCUCUGGAUUGCGGUCUGCGGACUUGUACAAGCACAGUCCUCCGGGUCAAUUGGCGGUGGCUCAGAGAAAUGCCUCUGUAAAGGGAAACUGCGCAACGCUGUUGGACACAAACAAAUCAAGUCUGGUCCAGUUGUGCACCCCAAGAAUAUCUUCUGCAUGAAGAUAGAAAUCAUAAUCACACUGAAGACCGGGAAGCAGAAAUGUCUCGAUCCAAACGGCAUGCAAGGAAGGAAUAUCAUCAACAGGAUCAAUCAUAGAAACCAAGGACAGACAAACAAACAAAGACGACCCAAGACCAACAAGAGAAGGCAACAGAAAAAAAGGAAGGGUAACAGUCCUGUCUGAGUGGCUCUGAGAGGAGUUGGAUGGGGAAGACUGGCCGAUACAGGCUAACACCGACUGCUAAUUCAUUAGUUCUUUGUGUCGUUACUUGGUGUGUCUGUUAUAUCUCAGGUGUUUUUUGUAAAAAGUGCACAAAGGUCUUUUUGAUCAUUUUGAAUGGUUGUGCAACCAUGGGAGCUUUACUAUUUACGCAUAGCCUGCCAGUAUGUUAUUUCAUGUUUAAGAUGUCUUUUGUAUGAUCAUUUAAAACACUGUUUUGAGAAGAAGACAUGACUUAUCAAGUUAACUUUGAAUCCUGUUUCUAACAAUGGACUGUGGCAUGUGGCAGUUGGCUGUCAUACUAUGUGUUAACGAUGUAUCACACAUGUUUGUACUAAAUAAAGUCAUUUAUCC